AUGGAGAUGAGAGGUAUUGUUCUGCAAAUGCAGGUGGAGUGGAAUCGGUUGCUUGCAUCCAACAGAUUUAAUAUGACAAUGUUGUACAAUGUGCUUAAUAAAAGGAUAGAUACUGUGGACUGGAGAUAUCUGUUCUAUAAGAACAAAGCUAGGCCUCGUGCUCAAUUCAUUGCUUGGCUUAUAUGUCAUGGAAAACAAGCUACUAAGGAUAGAUUGGUUAGAUUUAAUUUGCUAACUGAUGCCAAAUGUGACCUGUGCAGGAACUGUGAAGAGAGUCGAGCUCACCUCUUCUCUGAAUGUCCCUCCAACUAUGAUAUUUGGAAACAAGUUCUGCAGUGGCUGAGUUAUGAUCAUCGUCCCCUGCCUUGGCAUGAAGAAUUACAGUGGAUAAUGCAUGAAACAUCGAGGAAGGGCAGCAAAGCACAGCUCCUUAAAAUGGCGUUUGCUGAAACUCUUUAUGUGUUAUGGAAUAGGAGGAAUAAUGUCAUUUUUAAUCAUUCAAAUAGUAUAGACCAUGUAAAUAUCAUUAUAGAUGCCAUAGUUUACAAGAGUUGA